AUCGCGGGCACUGGGUCAGACAUUGGAUCGUCUGGCUGGACAGCGGGCAUCGGGUCACCAGGCAUCAGGUCAUUUGGCUCAACAGCGGGCUCUGAGUCAAUUGGCACGACAGCGGGCAUCGGGUCAUCAGGUAUGACAGCGGGCACUGGGUCACCAGGCAUCAGGUCAUUUGGCUUGCCAGCGGGCACCGCGUCAUCUGGCAAGGCAGUGGGCACCGGGUCACCAGGGCAUUGGAUCGUCUGGCUCGACAGCGGGCAUCGGGUCACCAGGCAUCAGGUCAUUUGGCUCGCCAGCGGGCACCGCGUCAUCUGGCAAGGCAGUGGGCACCGAGUCACCAGGUACGACAGCGGGCUCUGAGUCAAUUGGCACGACAGCGGGCACCGGAUCAGGUACCGGAUCAUCUGGAUCAACAGCGGGCAUCGAGUCAACUGGC